GCUAUGAAGCACUCUCUUGUAUAAAGCUCUGCUUUAACAACUCAAAUGGUUUUUGAGGACUGAGAUGAGGGAACUAUGGCUGUAGUACAGGAACUUUUCCAGAUUCCCAGUUUGGCCACCCUGCUUGUUUUUGUACUGGUGCUUUUGAUCAUGUAUCUUCUGAUCAACACACAAAACCGAGGCAAGGAGCCUCCAGGACCCAGACCUUUGCCUCUUCUAGGAAACCUACUGCAGCUGGAUCUCAAUAGGCUCGAUCUGAGCCUCUUCCAGCUAUCUCUGAAGUAUGGACCUGUGUACACCAUUCACUUUGGCCCAAAGAAAACUGUGGUUCUUGCAGGCUAUAAGGCAGUGAAAGCAGCUCUCAUCAAUUUUGCUAAAGAAUUUGGGGACCGAGACAUGGCGCCUAUAUUCCACGAUUUUUCAAAAGGGCACGGCAUCAUGGGGUCCAAUGGAGACUCAUGGAAGGAAAUGCGGCGCUUUGCACUAUCAACCCUUCGUGACUUUGGGAUGGGAAAACGAGGGAUUGAGGAGAAAAUUAUUGAGGAGAUCCACUACAUGACAGAGGUGUUUGCAAACGUCAAAGGCAAACCAUUUGACACCAGUGAAGCACUGAGUCACUCAGUCUCCAACAUCAUUUCUUCCAUUGUCUACGGCAACAGGUUUGAAUAUGACGACCCAGAGUUCCAGAAGAUGGUCUAUCUGGCAAAGAAAUUUAACUACCUCAUCGGGGCACCUGGCAUUAAUCUGUACAACAUCUUUCCAAGGUUGCGCCCUUGGCUGAAGGUAUGGACCAGCCUGAUGAACACUAUUGAGGUCAGCUUGGAGCAGGAGAGAGAACUUAUAAGGAAACUCCAGGAAACUCUGAAUUCUGAGGACAAGAGAGGCUUUGUAGAUGCCUUCCUUCUCCGACAGCAGGAAGUCAAGAAGUCUGGGGAGCAAGUUUCUCAGUACUAUCACGAGAAGAAUCUUCUCUACACCGUAACCAACCUUUUUAUAGCUGGAACUGACACCACUGCGGUCACACUGUGUUGGGGGCUGCUGUUUAUGGCCAAAUACCCCCAUAUCCAAGACCGUGUCCAGGAGGAGCUGGACAGGGUCAUUGGGGGUCGGCAGACUCGAGUGGAGGACAGGAAGAACCUGCCGUAUACUGACGCUGUGGUCCAUGAGAUACUGAGGAUGGCCAACAUAGUUCCUCUGAAUCUCCCACAUGUCACAAGCUGUGACGUGGUCUUCCAGGGAUACCACAUCAGGAAGGGAACUGCUGUCAUCCCAUUGUUGACAUCUGUACUAAGAGAUGAGAGUGAAUGGGAGAGUCCCAAUACCUUCAACCCCGGCCACUUCCUGGAUGAUCUGGGUCGAUUCAUGAAGAGGGAUGCCUUGAUGCCCUUCUCUGCAGGACGCCGAGUAUGCCUGGGAGAGAGUCUGGCCAGGAUGGAGAUCUUCCUCUUCUUCACCUCACUCCUGCAGAAGUUCAGGUUCACUCCACCUCCUGGGCUGUCUGAAUCUGACCUGGACCUCACUCCAGCUGUUGGGUUGAUCUACAACCCGCCUACACAUAAACUGUGUGCUGUAAGCCGGGGAACUAUGGCUGUAGUACAGGAACUUUUCCAGAUUCCCAGUUUGGUCACCCUGCUUGUUUCUGUACUGGUGCUUUUGAUCCUGUAUCUGCUGAUCAACACACAAAACCGAGGCAAGGAGCCUCCAGGACCCAGACCUUUGCCUCUUCUAGGAAACCUACUGCAGCUGGAUCUCAAGAGGCUCGAUCUGAGCCUCUUCCAGCUAUCUCUGAAGUAUGGGCCUGUGUCCACCAUUCACCUUGGCCCAAAGAAAACUGUGGUUCUUGCAGGCUAUAAGGCAGUGAAAGAAGCUCUCAUCAAAUUUGCUGAAGAAUUUGGGGACCGAGACAUAAAGCCUAUAUUCAAGGAUAUUACAAAAGGGCACGGCAUCGUGUUUGCCAAUGGAGACUCAUGGAAGGAGAUGAGGCGCUUUGCACUAUCAACCCUUCGUGACUUUGGGAUGGGAAAACGAGGGGUUGAGGAGAAAAUUAUUGAGGAGAUCCACUACAUGACAGAGGUGUUUGCAAAUGUCAAAGGCAAACCAUUUGACACCAGUGAAGCACUGAGUCACUCAGUCUCCAACAUCAUCUCCUCCAUCGUCUACGGCAACAGGUUUGAAUAUGACGACCCAGAGUUCCAGAAGAUGGUCUAUCUGGCAAAGAAACGUACCAACCUCAUCGGGGCACCUGGCAUUAAUCUGUACAACAUCUUUCCAAGGUUGCGCCCUUGGCUGAAGGUAUGGACCACGCUGAUGAACACUAUGGAGGAGAACAUAAAGCAGCAGAGAGGACUUACAAGGAAACUUCAGGAAACUCUGAACGCUGAGGACAAGAGAGGCUUUGUAGAUGCCUUCCUUCUCCGACAGCAGGAAGUCAAGUCUGGGGAGCAAGUUUCUCAGUACUAUCACGAGAAGAACCUUCUCUACACCGUAACCAACCUUUAUGCAGCUGGAACUGACACCACUGCGGCCACACUGUGUUGGGGGCUGCUGUUUAUGGCCAAAUACCCCCAUAUCCAAGACCGUGUACAGGAGGAGCUGGACAGGGUCAUUGGGGGUCGGCAGACUCGAGUGGAGGACAGGAAGAACCUGCCGUAUACAGACGCUGUGAUCCAUGAGAUACUGAGGAUGGCCAACAUAGUUCCUCUGAAUCUCCCACAUGUCACAAGCUGUGACGUGGUCUUCCAGGGAUACCACAUCAGGAAGGGAACUGCUGUCAUCCCAUUGUUGACAUCUGUACUAAGAGAUGAGAGUGAAUGGGAGAGUCCCAAUACCUUCAACCCCGGCCACUUCCUGGAUGAUCAGGGUCGGUUCAUAAAGAGGGAUGCCUUCAUGCCCUUCUCUGCAGGACGCCGAGUAUGCCUGGGAGAGAGUCUGGCCAGGAUGGAGAUUUUCCUCUUCUUCACCUCGCUCCUGCAGAAGUUCAAGUUCACUCCACCUCCUGGGCUGUCUGAAUCUGACCUGGACCUCACUCCAGCUGUUGGGUUGAUCUACAACCCGCCUACACAUAAACUGUGUGCUGUAAGCCGGGCUUGAAGCUCCUGAACUCUGAUGGUUUCAUGU